AUGGUCCGGAUCACGGUAGAGCUACUGCGGAAGAGGGCAGAGCACAACGAUGGAUUGCUCGCUACCCUCGAGGAGAUCACUCUUCAUCAGCAGAACAUCGAGAGGAUUGAACUGCUCGGUUAUGCCUGCCGAAACCUCAAGAUGCUGUAUCUUCAGAACAACCUCAUCGCCAAGAUCGAGAACCUGCAUCGACUCAAGGAGCUCCAGUAUCUCAAUCUUGCCAUCAACAACAUCACAAAGGUGCAGAACUUGCAGCGCUGCGAAUCCCUGGCCAGGCUAGACCUCACCAUGAACUUCGUGACAAAGGCCUGCCUGCCCACUGUGGCAAGCCUGGCUGCCAACGAAUUCUUGACGGAGCUUCACCUCGUCGGAAAUCCCUGCUCAGAGUGGGCCAACUACAGGCCAUUUGUGAUUGCAUCUGUGCCACAACUGCUAAAACUGGAUGGUGUGGAGAUCUUAGAGGCAGAGAGAAGCCAAGCGCUGCAGCAGCUGCCCAGCCUGCAGGAGAGCCUCAGGAUAGAGCUACUGGCUGAAGGCGUUGAUCCAGAAAGCGCUGCCCAGAUGAUGCGGCGGCCGUGGUGCCCCGCCACAAGGGUGCUCGAGCACAGGGAAAUGAAGCAGCUCAACGCAGAUGCUGAAGAGCAAAGGAGGGCCUCGCAGGCCAAAUUCUUUGGAGACCACAGCCCAUCCAAGCCCUACAGACAUGACUUUCCCCCUCUGCAGGCAUGCACGGAACCUCUCAACACACCUCAUGAGGGAUCCUCAAUACUGCAAAAGAACGAGGGGCAAUGGGAGUUUGCACUAGAGGAGAGCAGGGAUGGCUUGAGCAUCCACCUUGAUGUAGAAGUGGGCCGCUUCCUAGACAGCUCCCUCAUCAAAGCUGAUGUGCAACCAAGGCAUGUGCGCUUACUCAUCAAGGGGCAUUUGCUGCAACUGGCGUUGCCGGUGGAGAUAAAGCCCGGAGCCAGCGCAGCUCAGCGCUCAGCCACAACUGGGAAUCUCCUCUUAAUAAUGCCCAAGGAGGACCCUGCUGCUAAAGCCAUCGAUCAGUCAUGCUGGAGGUGUGUGCAUAUGUUGCCAAGGCACAUUACAGCGAUAGACCAUCACAUGCUUGCGUCUUGUGUCAAAUCAAAUACAGGUGUAGGCGCAACCUGCUGGUACUGCUGGCAUGUCCACAUGUCGUGGAGUAAUGGAAAAUAUUUGGUGGUGAAAAGGGGGCUGUCCGAGGCAUUAGCCUGCAAUGGCUCACUUGUGAAAUACCCUCCCUGUUGA